CUCAGCGUCCGCUCGCAAAUAUCGAUAAUCCACCACCUCCAAUCCGCCCGAGCCCAAUCCCCCUGGCGAAGGACUCAAUUGCACCCAGGCACUCGGCAGCCCCCAGAAUCCAUCGAUGACGAGCCCAUCCGUGCGGCUCGCGACGAGCAUCGCACGACGACAGCACAUUUCCACAGCGUCUCGCCUCUCGCCAUGUCCGUACCGCACAACACCACCAGCCUCAACGUCAGCAGCGAUAACGAGAUGUAUACGACCCACGGCCUCGUCGACAUACUACAACCCGUCGCGGCGGCGAGAGCAAUCGACCUGGGCCGCCGCCGUCAACACCGCACAGCACAUUUUCAACCCCACGCCUGACCCCAACGCACCGAUAUCAGCAGAUCCCUUCCAGAUCGUAGCGAAGGAGAUGAAGUUCCUCACCAAGAACAUCCGCCAGCUGCUCGGCUCGGGCCACCCGUCGCUGGACACGGUGUCCAAGUACUACACGCAGUCGGAGGGCAAGUACGUGCGGCCGAUGCUGGUACUCCUCAUGUCUCGAGCGACAUCCCUCACGCCCAAACUGGCCCGCAAGACGACUCCGGACCCGUUCUCCGUCGACGACCCCAUCACGCGGCGGGAGAUCCUGCGCGACGAGAACCCCUCCGCGCUCGAGUACUCCCCGCUCACCUCGUCCACGCACGACACGCAGCACAACACGCAGGCCUCGGACAUCCUGCCCUCGCAGCGCCGCCUCGCCGAGAUAACGGAGCUCAUCCACACGGCCUCCCUCCUCCACGACGACGUCAUCGACCACUCGGAGUCGCGGCGCUCGGCCCCCUCCGCCAACAUCGAAUUCGGCAACAAGAUGACAGUGCUGGCAGGCGACUUCAUGCUGGGGCGAGCCUCGGUCGCGCUGGCGCGACUCCGCGACCCGGAAGUCACCGAGCUGCUCGCGACGGUGAUCGCCAACCUGAUCGAGGGGGAGUUCAUGCAGCUCAAGAACACGGCGCGGGACGAGCGCAACCCGCGGUACACGGAGGAAACGCUGACAUACUACCUCCAGAAGACGUACCUCAAGUCCGCGAGCCUCAUCAGCAAGAGCUGUCGCGCGGCGGCCAUCCUCGGCGGGUCCACCCCGGACGUCGUCGAGGCGGCGUACUUGUACGGGAAGAAUCUGGGUCUGGCGUUCCAGCUCGUCGACGAUAUGCUCGAUUACACGGUUUCUGGGGAGGAGCUCGGGAAGCCCGCGGGCGCGGAUCUGGAGUUGGGGCUCGCGACGGCGCCGCUUCUGUUCGCGUGGAAGGAUAAUAGUAGUCUUGGGAAACUCGUGGGGAGGAAGUUCUCCCAUGAGGGCGAUGUGCAGAGGGCACGAGACAUAGUAGCCUCGAGCUCCGGCCUCGAGCAGACGCGCGCACUGGCCCAGGAGUACGUCGACAAGGCCAUCGAGGCCAUCAGCGGGUUCCCCGACAGCGACGCCAAGACGGGCCUGAUCGACAUGUGCACCAAGGUCAUGAAGAGGCGGAAGUAGUGGAUUCGCUCUGGGAAAACCAAUGAAUCACUCAUGGGGAAAGGAAAAGGAAAGAGAUGAGGCAGGCGGUGGAUGAUGAAGAGAGGAGAAGAAUGACGCAGACGAAUUGACCAUGUGAGAACGUUGAUGUUUUCAGGUUCAGGUUCUGAUGCUCGACGGAUAAAAACUACGCUUCUUCUUCGUUCUUGUAUGAAUAACGGGAGACCUACAGCAGACGAUAGAUAACUGUUUACAUUACAUUUACAUCAACGCAUUGAACAAAUAUACAAUC